AUGAAUUCAAAUAUUCAACCGUCACGGUUAAGAAAUCAACGUAGAAGGGCAUAUGGAGGUGAACGAUUCCGGCCAUAUAGAGUCCCUAAUCUUAAUUUGUUCGUCGGUGUGCGUUCUGGAUACUGUAACUCUGAGGAAGAAAUUAUUACGAGUGUCGAUAGUCAAGUAGAGUCUUCUUUUAGACCGUUAACGAAAAGAAGAGGUCACGGUCAAUGCAUUGAAAAUUACUCAAAUACUCAACAGGAAAGAGAAACCAUAUCUUUACCGACAGACGCUCUUAGUUUACCAGAAAAUAGAUUACAAUUGUCCGUGAGUGAUAGCGUUACAUCAGUACCAUCUGUUUCUAACCAAGAGCCCACUUCAAUGGAAAACUUUGCUACGCGUCUUCAAUCAUAUUCCUCGCAUUUACAGUCCUCGCCGCCUACUAUAUCAAUUGAAAACAGUCACCAAAGUUCCAAUUCUUCGGAUUUAGUAUACUUAGAGCCAGUUUCGGCAACGUUUCUUAAUUCCUUUUUUAAAUCAAACAAUGCGUAUAGUAAAGAAUAUUUUAAGUCGACUAAGAGAUUGUUAAAAAUUGUUGGUAAUCACACGAAGCUACACCACGAUUGCGACGAUGUUCUGGCGCCGGCGCAACGUCUUGUUCCCAACAUACCGCUCCCCUCAAUAAGUGCCCACAAGCUAGCGAACAACUUAAUAAAACUAUCACGGUGUCUUAAGUCCCCAAAUCUGAAAGAACUAUGCUGUUUGAAUUGCUGCCACAUACCUGUAUUGCCUGUCACGGGACAGUGUGGACACACGCGAUGUAUGAGAUGUAUCUUGUUGCACGGGGCCUGUCCGUGUGGUGCUAACGCUCCGAAAACUUUGUUUGUAAACACCAUAGUGCGAGAAAUAGUAGAAAAAAUGAUGAAAUAUGUUAAAAAUCCAAGAUUUAAUAUUAUUUUUAUUUAUAUAUUGUAUUUAUUGUCGUCAGUCAAACCACGUUAUGCAGUGAGGCGCAGUUUACUAUGUCGAACCUCGCGUGAAUAUAUGAACUCUGCUCAAAGUUUUUCAAGACCAAGGAUGCCGAUGACUGUGCAGGCCCGUCACCGCAGGGCGCGUGAAUUAAUGUGCGCGGGGAAAUUUCUAGAAGCUGCGCCGCACCUCGCGCGCGUCGCCGCCUCUACGGAACCCUUUGCAAGAGUCGCACGUAUACUUUUAACACAGACAAUCAGCGCCAUGUGUAAAGUUCGGAAACGCCGCACCGUGACACGCGAGCUGUGUCAAUCGGUUAGAGAGCAGUCGGUCCACAGCUGGGUGAGCGCGUCGGAUCUGGAGUGCGUUUUAUGCACUAAUACCUUCACAAACCCAGUGUCUACGCCUUGUGGGCACACCUACUGCCGCAGUUGUAUCGAGCGAUCCUUGUACUAUAAGAAGAAAUGUGCGCUGUGUUUAGGACCCUUAGAAAACUUUAGACUAGCCGAUACUCGCGACACAAUAUUUAUAAGUUCUAUUUUGGCGUCUAUCGAUGUCUUACCCGUUCCCGAGGAAACAGAUGUAAUACCAGUGGUCACCUGCUACGUAGCCUUCCCCGGAAUGCCAUGUCCCCUGUUCAUAUUUGAUCCGCGGUACUGGCUGAUGGUACGACGGGUGUUAGAAUCGGGUUCAAGAAGGUUUGGUAUGCUCGCCUAUGAAAAAGGCCAUACGUUUGCUGACUAUGGAACUGUCCUUGAGAUUUGUGACUGCGUUGUUUUAGAAGACAGCAGAUGUAUAGUAUCUACAGUAGGUGUUUCUAGGUUUAGGGUACUCGAGAGACGUAUAAAGGACGGAUGUGACGUUGCCCGUAUCCAACCAUUAACGGACAUACAACCCACACAAGACGAAGUCCAAGACCUCCACCUGCUAGCCGCACAAAUAUCGUGUAAAGCUUUAACGUGGCUGAAGAAUAUGGAUGAAGGUGUACGAGAGGAAAUUGAGACGGCUUUUGGUUCCCUUCCCUAUGAUGAGACACCCGAUCUAUGGUGGAAGACAUCUGAUGGACCCAAUUGGAUGUGGUGGCUGAUAGCAAUAUUACCGCUUAAGUCUGAGAUAAAGAUAUUAAUACUAUCGACACGUAGUCUCCUAAAGCGCAUGUUAGCAGUCUCACGUACUCUCGACGUUAUGGACUCAGACUCGUUCACACAAAGCAACCAGUCGGACAGCGAACCUCCACUCAAUGAACUAAAUCAGGAAUGGUUGAAUAGAAACAGAUGAAAUUAAGAUAUAUGACUUAAUAAAGAAAUUACUAUUGUUAUUGCAUAUCGAGAUAGAACGUACCAUGGAAAGUUCAUAUGUUCUCUAAGUAACUGUUAAAUAAUUUCUAUCGAUAUCGCAAAUUGUCAGUCUCUCAUUUAGAAAUAAAGGAUUUCCUCUUAAGCUAAGGAUAUAAAAAUUUAAUUAACAGAAAAGUCUUUAAUAUUUAUUACAACUGUUUUAUGACAUAUUAUAAAAAACUGCGUGGACAUCCUCCACGAGAUAGAUUUCUUGUGAUUUCGAUUGUUUUUAACUAUUUGUUCGCAAAAUAAAUUAUUGUACGAUUUAUUAGAUGUCACCAACUGUAAUGAUGGGGCUGUAUUGAUUCGUUUGUGUUUGCUAAAACUCGGCAUUUCCUGGAACACAUUAAAGUCACUUACAAAUUACUUGGCCUAGAGUACAUCAUAUUUGUUAUUAACAAAUAACACUAUGCAGCUCUUUAUGUAAUGUGUUGACAUUAUUUAAGAAAUGUGUGUGAUGUGUUUGCAUACAUAAUUACUAGAAUUUGUGAUAUGCGAACACUUUUUAUAACCUGGAUAUAAUAUUAAUUCGUAUGGUAACAUUUCAUGUUUCAGAAAGUCAUUUUUGUAAUGUUAUCUUAUUUGCAUUCUGUUAGAAUAACAAUUUAUGUAUAUUAUUUCUUCUAUUAAUACAGUUGCCUGAUAUAAUAAAUCAUAGAGUUGUUCAUAAUACUCUACAUAACACAGUUUAAUACAUAAUAUAUAUUACAAAAAAAAAAUAUGUAUAAAGUAUUACGUUUUUUGUAGAUAAUGUAAAUAUUUUGCAAAUUUGAUGUUUAAGUAAAAGUUUGACAUUUGUAAAUACACUUCUUGUUCGUAUACCUACAUAUAUUUUAUGUUUAAUAAGAACACGACAAUGAGAUCUCUCGGUGGUAUGAUCUGCCUUCCUAUGGGAACAUUUAGGUUAAGUGAUUCUUUAAAGUAUUGUUGUCUUGAGCAAUAAAUAGGUACAUAUAUUUUUGCAAUCUAUGUUAGAAAUAGUUUUGAAUUAAUUCUUCGAUGAUCUCUUUGUUUGAUAAUUUAUAAUUAGGUCAUGUAGUUUUAAAUGAAUUUAUAGCAAGAUAAGACCAAGAAUUACAUAAUAUUGUAAAUAUUGUUUUAUUAUAUUUGUAUAUAGUGAGUUCAACAAAGCUGGAGUAUUAGCUGUGAUCUGUCUAAGCAUAUUAAUAAUAUUUUUUUGAUACAGCUUCACUUGAUGUAAGAUUUUCGCCUUGAAUAUGCAAAAUAAUAAGAGUACUAUUUUUUCUAUUUGUUAAAAUUAAAUUUUGUCAACUA